AUGGCGGUGAAGGGGAGGCAGUACGGGAGAGGUCCGCCGCGUAAAGGGUCGUCAUCUAUGAUGAUUUUCUCGAUCCUCUUGAUAUUCUCUUUCCUCGUUAUAAUCCUUUUGGCUCUUGGAAUUUUGUCAAUUCCAAGCAGUUCGAAGGGCUCUUUAAGAGCUCAUGAUCUCAGCUCCAUCGCCCGCAAUACCGUCACCAAAGGUGAUGAAAAUGUGGAGAGGAAAGAUCAUUGGGUUGAGUUGAUCUCUUGGGAACCCAGGGCUUCCGUUUUGCACAAUUUUUUGUCCAAAGAGGAAUGUGAGUAUAUGAUAAAUCUUGCUAAGCCUCAUAUGCAAAAGUCAACAGUUGUUGAUAACAACACUGGGAAAAGUAAAGAUAGUAGAGUCCGUACGAGUUCUGGUACAUUUCUUCCUAGAGGACGUGAUAAAAUUGUUAGGGAUAUUGAGAGAAGGAUUGCAGAUUUCACCUUCAUUCCUGUAGAGCAUGGGGAAGGCCUUCAAGUGCUCCAUUAUGAAGUAGGCCAGAAGUAUGAGCCUCAUUAUGACUAUUUUCUGGACGAGUUUAGCACUAAGAAUGGUGGUCAACGAAUUGCUACAGUUCUUAUGUACCUGUCAGAUGUUGAAGAAGGGGGUGAAACAUUAUUCCCUGCUGCCAAAGGAAACUAUAGUUCUGUGCCUUGGUGGAAUGAGCUAUCUGAAUGUGGUAAAGGGGGACUUUCUGUUAAACCAAAGAUGGGCGAUGCAUUACUUUUCUGGAGCAUGAAUCCUGAUGCAACUUUGGAUCCUUCAAGCUUGCAUGGUGGCUGCCAUGUUAUCAAAGGGAACAAAUGGUCAUCUACAAAGUGGAUUCGUGUCCAUGAAUACAAGGUGUAA